AUGAAUAACACUCCCCCACUAUCUGACUCCCCGAAACAAUCUCCUGCUUCGUUAUCUGAACAAGCAACUAGACAGUACGCACUAUCACCUGAUAACCAAUCCGACCCCCUCCGAUCUCAUGCCGCAAGAUCCAGCAGCGACUCAGAGCUUACUAGCUCAGACAAACUAUCUGCGCUGCCUGAUUCCUCUCCUCUGACACGUUCCCGUGCCGUAGGCAGGAUGGAACGUCUGGGCGUCCAAAGCUCGCAAUCGGCUCCUUCCCUGGAGGGUCUGAUAGGCCAUCUUACCAGCACUUCCACCUCUGACCGUGACAUGCCCAAGGCAACCGCCUCGGAGGGGUCCAUCGGCAAGGGCAGUCCAUUCCAACGCGUCUCCUUCGAGAGCGCUCCUUCUCGCGUCCAAUCUCCUCCCAGUAAUAAUUCUCGUACUGGGAAUAACGUACACCACCCCUUGCUUCGCGAUGGCGGCGCUCCGCCCUCAAGCUCAAGGUCACCACUUUUCGAGUCAACGUUAUCUCGUUUACGGCAGCUAAGCGAGCCCUCUCGUCCACCUUCUGUCAUACGCGUAGGAGCUCAAACGCCCAGGAAAGAUAGCUACGAUUCUCCCUCCGCGUCACAAUCUCGAGGCGCGUCCCCCAUGCGGAUAUUCGGAUGGUCUGGCUUUCACCGUAGGGAAGCGCGCGAAGAACCAUUCGUCCCUGAAAACCCCUUCCAGAGACGAAAUCCGUUGCGCAGAUUUUCUAUCGGUAGCCCUAUCCGCGUCGGUGAAAGCUUUGAUCCAAGCUGCGAGGACGUGUUCAAGCACUGUCUACCCCCUCCAAUAACUUGCAAUCCUUUUAAGAUCUCACGAAGAUUUCUCCGCUCCUUUGGUGAUUUUUUCAUGGAUACCCUCCCCCGGCAAGUAUACCUGUAUCUACUGCUUUGCCUCCCCUCUCUUUAUUUUUCACGCAUCGCUCGUAUUUAUGAGGACGCGGAACUCAGUCGUCCGGACAUUCAGCGAUUGGUUGAUGCCUGUGCGCCUCGGCGACCCCUCACCUCCAGCCCCAUCCCGCCGGGGGCUCACUAUCACCCACCGCCUGCUCUUCCUUUAGCAGACGAAUGGACCACUGCCAACGUCUCCCCAGCUCUCGUCCGAUUCAAGCAAUCCUGGGAGGCAUUUAUCGACUCCCUGCUCCGAGAAUGGAAGACCUUAAACCUUGUCUCCGCUCUACUGCUUUCUGCCAUAUUGUCGAUGUUUCAGAAUACCCAGAUGUCGCAGGAUCCUGUCAUCCGCACAGCAGCGCUACUUUCGCUCACCUCCGCCUUAAUGAGUGUGUCUUUCGGCUGUAUCUACAUCGUCCGCUUUGGUACCAUGAGAAGUAUGUACAAAGCUACCCGCUGGGCUGAGGAAGCUCGUAAAACGACAACAUUCAUUUGGUGGAACGUAUGGGUACUAUUAGCAAUGCCUGCUGUCUGGCUUGCCUGGGCCAUGUUUUUCUUCAUCGUUGCCAUUCUUUCCUUCGUGUGGCGCUCAGGUACAUUAACCGACAUGAACCCCACACCACUGUCCUCAACCGCUGUAGUGGGCCCGCGUAUUGCCGUCUCGCUCCUGUUCGUCAUCGGGCUUGUCGACUUCAUGAUGAUCGUCAAGACGCUGCACAACUACGGGCGUACGCGGGACAUUGAUAGUGAAAUGCGAUUACUGGGUACGGACGAUACGUUACAGGCGCGACACUCUGCCGACCGUGAGCGAGAGGAACGAGGGAGGCGACCAGCGCACCCGUCGAGAGGUAGAGAGCGCUUCAAGGGAGAGGGUCGUGGGCGUCAUGAUGGUGAUCGUCCAUCUGAAGGCGGCGUUCUGUCAGCUGUCACAGGCCUGGGCCUUACGAACCUUGAUGGCGUGCUGCAAGCGAGUCCCCGCAGCUCCAACGAAUUCUCGCGGGAGAAGGACAAGGAGAAGGCCGUGACGAAUGCGGCCGCCAAUGAUUGAAUGCUAUUGUGUGCUUAAUUUGGAUUCUACAAUUGAUACUUCCACUCUUUUUGAUGAUACUUCCGCGAGUGCAGUUAGGCGGUAUUGACCUUGUAUAUACUGCUCGUAUUCUCCUAUAUAUCUUGGGUGGACUUGAACCGUGGCCUCGCAAU